AUGUUACGUCGUGUAGGUUGUGUUCAUGUUGCUUUGGGUAGCCGAGUUCUUAGACUCUUGUCUAUAGAUACAAUGGCUAAUGCUAAAAGAACGCACACUACUAAUACUACUAAUGGAGAAAAUAACCAAGAUGUGAAGACGGAGGCGCACACUAGAAGCACUAAAACUCCACAAGAAGAAAAAAAACAACCGGAACAACAGGCCGGUGUUUCAGACGGCUCUAUACCAUUAAAAUCUCCCUUAUCAUCAUCAUCUUGUAAAGAAACAAAGGGGACUGGCUCUGAGGCGGAUGGGGUUCCUAAACAAACCUCUGAUCCUUCCGUUACUAGAGAUUCUUCUUUUUCUUCUUCUCUUUCUUCGGCGGCGAAUAAUCAAACGGAGAAGAAUGCCGCGGCCACGACUCCCGCGUCUCUUCCGCCGGAAGUGGAGCCGGUGCGGUGGAUUCAGCGGCCGUAUGAAGAUGCCGCGGCGGAGCCCAUUGUGGAUGCGAAUGGGCAGUACAUUGUCUCCCGCGUGCAGUGGCCAACGGGCGAACUGGCGUACACCACACCGCCGCCGCCGGAUGGAAAACUGGCGCCCCGCUUCGGGUACAACGUUGUGCAGGUGAAGAAGGACUUUUCGUGGUGGAAGCACUAUCAGAAGUACCCUCGCAUCUCCGUGGCGUAUAUUAACAUUCAACUUCUCUUUCUGCUGGGCACGGCGUGGCUGGUGGCCUUUCUCAUGGAGGAGCACCGGCGCACAACAGAUGAGAUGCGAACGCCGGGGGCUCUUGUGGGCGAACAACGCGGCCGCGGCCCGUCGGGGCGACAAACGCAGAAAGUGCGGUUCACGCGAGAAGAGAUGUCGGAGUUGGUGGACCGCGCGCAGAAUAACUGGCUGGAUGCCAACGCAGAGGCAAACUACAUUGGAUCGAAGAACUACGCAAUGAAGAAGAUACCGCGGCCGACUGAGUUCGCCGUGGACGACUUUAGGAAGCGAUGA